CAAUCUGACGUUCAAGAGGCUAGAGUCGUUUGCCAAACACCGGGCCGAUGAGGCCCAACGUCUGGUGCAGAACGUUUGGGCCCAAGCGAAAACGGGAAUGCCUAUGAACUUGAGGGAGGUCCUGGGGGCCUUUUCGAUGAUGGCCCAAUCUGCUGGCCUAGCAAAUCCGUAACUCUAAACAACACACGCUGCUGCUCCUCCUCCGUCUCCUCCAUCGGGUCGACAUUCUUCCUCUCCUCCGGCCACAUCUUCAUCUUCUCUUCGUUAAAUAAACUUAGAUCUUGCUUUCUGGUGUCGGCCACUGCAAGAUCCGUGAAGAGCCUUCUCCAUCUUCGAUCUGCUAAAGCAAGAAAAAUGUUUAAAAAGAAGCUACCUGAAGAUGUUGUUGUUGACAUAUUAUCACGUCUCCCAGCAAACUCACUUGUGCGAUUCAAAAGUGUGCACAAAUCAUGGUAUGCUCUCAUAGAAAGCCCUCACUUUGUCACAAUGCAACUCCGUAACAACAAUAGCAUUCAUUUUCUUGUCGGUAAUCGGGUCCUUAUCGAUACUGAUGACAGUGACACCAUAAGAAUAUUAUGGUCCCUACUUACAUUUGAUGAUAAAAUGUGGGAAAUUUCUAACGGAGAGGAUGUUUCUUUUUCUAUGAAAAGUUUGGACUUGCCAUUUAGUUGUCCUUAUAAUGGAUGGAGUGAUUUCUCAAAUAUUUGUGAUGGUAUUAUAUGUUUUUAUGAUUAUCAAGAUAGAGAUGGUAUUAUGAUCAUGGCUAAUCCAGGAAUUGGGGAAUUUAGGUUUCUUCCUGUAUCAUGUUUUCCUCUCCCUAAUAGCGAUGAAUAUGAUCAUUAUCUCUGCCCACGUAAGACACAUGUUGUGGGAUUGGGCUUUGAUUGCAGAACUAAUGAUUGCAAGGUUAUUAGGAUCUUGGAAAUGGAGAGUCCUUAUCUUUCUCCUGGUGAAGUACAGGCUGAGGUAUAUAGCUCAAGCACCAAUAUUUGGAGAGAAAUUGAGUAUACAGAUUAUUAUAUGAUUCCUGAAGAAAAUAGAAGGAUGUCAACUUAUUGGAAUGGAGCUUAUUAUUGGCCUGCCACAAAACGCCAAGGUGGUUCUCGUGGAAUUCUUUCUUUUGACUUUAGUGAUGAGGUCUUUGAAUUUAGAACAAUUCCAGAACACUUACCUUGGUUUUAUGAUUUGAUUGAGUUUAAUGAGACACUAGCUUUCAUUUCAUAUCCUCACCCAGAGCAAGAGAUGGAGAAACGCUUUGACAUUUGGGUGAUGGGUGAAUAUGGUGCCAAUGAGGUCUGGACAAAGCUGUUUUCUACCAAACCUGUACUUGAAGUGGACAGGGCUUUGGGAUUUGGGAUGAGUACUGAACUCUUUGUAUUGUUAUCAAGUGGGCUGAUUGCAUCUUACAAUAUUGUUACCAACGAAAUGAAGACUCUAUUGCCAAUUGACGGUGAAGGUUUUGUGAAUAAUCACUCUAUUGUGCUUUACAAGGGUAGUCUGGUAUCAAUCAAUAGAGAAAUUUUUCAUGGUCGUUAAAUGAGUAUGUUUAUUUUCCUUUUGAAGAUUUUAUGAAUAAUCUCAUUUAUUCUGU